AUGAGCUCCUUCGAGCGGGUUGCCUCUUUCAUCAACAUUUCUGGACUGGACGAAGUUGAUUCUGCGCCGCGACGUGUAGCCAGGGUUCCAUCUACGUGGACUGAGCAUAACCUUCCCACAAUGGUCGGAGUUGCAGGGAGAUCCAAGUGUUGUCGGACAUGCCGGCAGCGGAAGAAGGGUUGUGAUCUCCAACAGCCAAUCUGUGGCAACUGCUCAAGGCUUAACAUCACAUGCGAAUAUGACCGAAGACAGGUUUUCAUCAACGUAACGGGGCCGGGGAAGGCUCGUCCAACAGCCAAGCCGUCUUAUACCGACGUUGUGCUUCCACAUUCGCUGGCUCGCUCUGCGUACGAGGACAAGUACAUCAGCCUCCUGUGGGAUGCCUGGUCCCCAUGUGGAAUUCCUUCCGCCGAAAUAUCUGCCAAUUACCCUGUCUACAGCUGGGUCUCUUCAGCUAGGGACCUAUACCAGGGCGACGAUGGGCUGCGACGAACCUUGAUUGCCAUGUCCCUGAGCACUCUAGGACAGAAGGAUGGCCAGGCAUAUUCAACCGCGAAAGGGUUCCAGACAUGGAAGUCUGAUGCCGUCAUGGUUGCGUCGCAGGGUCUUGGACUCUUUGAGCUUUUGUACGGAACACAGGAGCGCGUCCAGGCCGAGGGAUCUCAGGUGAAAAGCUGGCAUAACCACAACUUGGGAGAGCUAGCUCUCAUCCGACAAAGAGGCCCCAAGUCGUUUAUCGAAGGCCAUGCACACCAUAUCUUCUCGGGAGUGAGAAUGCACCUCGCUAUAGCUGGGUGCAUGAGCAGGAAGAGAAGCUUUCUCAGCGAUACGGCAUGGAAGACGAUCCCGUGGACCAUAAUUCCAAAGACCCCAAAGGACGUCAUACUAGAUAUUCUCACCGACGUCCCAGCUUUACUCGAGGAAGUCGACGCCUUGAAAAGCAAUCCAAGCGACUACAAUUGUCAGCGCUUUGUGAAGACAUAUCAGCGUCUGGACCGAGAGAUUGUAUGGUGGCUCGAAAACCUCAGCCCGCCUACCGACAUCCUCCAAGAUUUACACGAGCGGAACUACAGAAACCCUACAGCCGACGAACUCGCCGUUGCCCACGUCAUGACGUGCUUCUGGACGGUCUGUAUUCUAGUCUACAGCUCACUUCACGCAGUGCUGAGCAGCACCUUCAACCUACCAGGUAUCGAGGUGAUGGAGCUGUCAGAGCGGAUAAACCCGCGGCCAUAUUGUCUCUUGAUUGCCGACGCCGUUGAGGCCUUCUUCCAACCCGAAGCUGGGACCUUUGGAAUGCACGCUGCCCCGUUCCCAAUCGGCAUGGCCAUCAAGUAUCUCAUGCUUACCGAGGGCUUCUCCUCCAAAGACUGCAUGAGACUCAUAAGAUACUUCAGCGGGCAAAGCGGCGGUGCUGCUAUGGGUAGUUUCUUGGCAAACACACUCUUUGUAUGGAACUAG